AAAUACAUAUAUGACACGAGUUGUAUAUAAUGGUUUUAUAUUUUUGAAAAGCGCAUUACGCUAAUUUCUCAAUUCCACUUUCCAUCUUUUUAACUAUGGGUCUUGGAUUCGAUUAUUAUUUUAACUUUAAUCGAGAUUUACAAAUUUGUAUUAAAUUGUACUAAAACAAAGCUAAUAUCUAAAAUGCUUUAAUUUGCGACUAUCUUAUUAAGAUUAAUGCAAAUUAAAAUACUUUAGAUUUCAUUUUUGCUUUGCAUUUGCUUACAACAAAUUUAAAAUUUUGAGUCUCACUUAAAGCUAAAAUAUUGUUAAUGUAACCGAACUCUAAAACUAUCAUUGGUACUUUACAAAAUAAAUAAAUUUUAUAAAUAAAAUCGAUUCUUCGUUUGUAAUUUUCAAAAGCGCUUCAUAGACUAAUUUCCGGAAUAGAUUUACUUGUAUUAGACCGUUAUUUUAUAUGGAUGAGUAUCAAACGAAUCAUCUUGGAAUGAAUCUACAAAUAUGCAGAUAAUUAUGUACUUCGUCUCGAGAUUGCGACAUCGAAUCGUGCAUUUUAUUUGACAAUCGAAUAGGAAUGUAGAUCUCCCGGGCGAGGUGCCACAUUACCAUAUUUUAUUCACCUCAUUUCCAUACACGGCAUAUUUUUUUCUUCUUUUUACUUUAUCUACAUUUUUGUUCUAGAUUAGCAUAUUACGGUGUCUGUAAGAAGCGUGACGAAAGGAAGCCGUGUGAUACGAGAACGACGAGGCCGAUACCGGAUUUACUUACUACUGCGCUGUAGCGGGAUCGAGAACGCACGUCCGCGAAGAUCCAUUUUUGGCGCGAAAGGGUUUCCUUGUCGCGGAACUCCGCAUACGAAGCUGCAACGUGAUUAGUCAUACCUGUUUUGACCGACUUGACUUGUAUCGUACCGCACGCGAAUACGGAAUAUCAUUAUAGUGCGCCGAUUAAUUUCAAGUCGGGAUGGACGAUAAUUACGUGCGAUCCCCCGAUCGCUGCCCGCUGCCGCUCGCUCAUGGGAAACCCGUUCGCGCUCAUCACGUAAUGCUCAUCAAUGACAAAAAAAAAAAGAAGCGGAAAAAAACGGAAUUAAACGCGUUAUAAAUACGUAGGCGAAAUUUAUCGAAUACCUUGAGAAAUAAUCAGGGCCGCGUGUGGGCGAAGUUCGAACGGGGAGAUCCGAAGGUCGUGGAUGGUGGGGCUGGGAUCGUCCUCGCGUCAUCUACGCGAUCGUGAAUAAUCGGUUAGUCUUCCUUGCGCCGAUCGAGCACCAAGUUGCAAACGUUGCGCAUCGCCUAUCGCGUUCGCAGAGAAAAAUCCUGGCUCUUUCAAGACAGCAGAAUAGUGGCAAAAUGCAGAAUUCGCAAGCCGCAGUCUUGCUCCUGCUUCUGAUUGCCGCAGUCGAUGGCGGCCACUACGUCCAGUAUGUCCAGUCGCGAAUUGCGUCUGGUAGUUGCGACAGCUACACGUGCGGCGUCAACGCGAGAUGUACGAUGAGCGAGGGACGGCCGGUGUGCUCGUGUUUGAAUCUACAUAUGGGAGAUCCUCUUGCGCGAUGCGUGCGAGUCGAAUGCCUAAUCAACGAUGACUGCCCGUACAACAGAGUAUGCACGAAUAACAGAUGCAUCGAUCCUUGCGUGGGCCUAUGUGGCGCGAACGCAAAUUGCUUGACCAGGAAUCACAUAGGCACUUGCGAGUGUAUACCCGGAUACGUCGGGGAUCCGUUCACGGGUUGUCAAAUCGCCGAUCCUCAAGCUGCCUGUAAGCCGAGUCCAUGCGGACAGAAUACUCAGUGCGAGGUGAUCAACGAAGUGCCAGUCUGCACGUGUCUGCCGGGUUACAGAGGUUCACCCUUGACUGGGUGUCGUCACGAGUGCGAAAGCGACAGCGAGUGUCCUCAGCAUCUCGCUUGUUCAUCAUCGUAUAGAUGCGAGAGCCCGUGUAAAUGCGGCGAGAACGCGGAAUGCCAAGUUAUUCAUCAUCAAGCGAAAUGCACCUGCCCAAAAACAUGGCUGGGAAAUCCGCUUGUCUCAUGUCGACCCGAGUGCACCGCCCACUCCGAGUGUUCGCCAAACAAGCCCGCCUGCCUUUACCAGAAAUGCGUGAAUCCGUGCGACGGCGUAUGCGGCGUGCACGCCGAUUGCAAUCUACGCGGCAUCACUCCCGUUUGCAGUUGCCCGAAACACAUGACCGGUAAUCCUUUCGUCAGCUGCAGACUGUUCGAGCCGCGCGAUCUCUGCGAGCCAAAUCCUUGCGGUGCGAACGCGAUUUGCACGCCAGGCCAUGACAAUACCGGGAAGGAGAGGCCAGUGUGCACGUGUCCCACCGGUUACAUCGGUAACGCCUUGACGAGCUGCCAGCGCGGGGAGUGUUUCACCGAUAGUGAAUGCCCCGACAAUCGAGCGUGCAUUGAUUUCACGUGUAGGAACCCGUGCACCGGUCGUGAGUGCGGUCCGAGUGCCGAGUGCACGCCGCGACGUCACAUCGCGGUCUGUACGUGCCCACAGGGAACCAGAGGCGACGCCCUUUACACUUGUAAUCCGAUCGAAAGCAAAUCGGUGUACAAUUACGGCCGCGCCUACCGUUACCGCUACUACUAGUCACGCAAGACGGAACCGAUCCCACGUUUAAAAAUACUCAACGUUUUCAAUCUCGCGUAAUUUCCAUUCCAAUUUAUUAUUCAUUCACCAAUUCGAGAAGAAAUAAAUCGGGAAUAGCAAAAAAUUAACCGUCUACUCCGUACGCAGGUCGUGUAACAGAAUAAUAUAUUUUUUGUAAUGCUAUAUAUAUAUGCUGAUAAUAUAUCUUCCGAUUCGUGUUCAUGUGUUCAUGUGUAGAUCUCACGCACAGUGUUCUAUGUAUAUUUUAUAAGCAGCGGCUGGUCGCAAAUCUAGUUUCGAUUCUUAAUAAUAAAAAUAAAAGCAUAACGAU